AUGAUGGCGUACACGAUUCUACUGAGGAACAUCACGCCAACCCAUCUGGGCGGCUUCUGGCAUUCUCACACAAUACCUGAAGCAGAAAGAACAAGAGCGUCGGCAGCAGCGGAGAUAACAUCGGCAGCAGCAGAGAUAACAUCGGCAGCAGCAGACAUAACAUCGGCAGCAGCGGAGAUAACAUCGGCAGCAGCAGAGACAACAUCGGCAGCAGCGGAGACAACAUCGGCAGCAGCAGAGACAACAUCGGCAGCAGCAGAGACAACAUCAGCAGCAGCAGAGACAACAACGGCAGCAGCAGAAACGUCAACACCAGUCGCUGGUCCCUCAACGGCACCGCUCUUCAUCAACGACACGUCACCGAUACCCGCACAGCAACUCAAACCGGCACCACGAGAAGUCCACCGAAGCGCCAACGUCACCGCCGGCUUCUACUCCAACUCCGAUCUGAGUGCUCGAUAA